CUCACUUCCCCUAUUUCCAUUUCCAUGCCCUCACAGCAAAACCUAUUUCUGGCUCUGCUUCUUCUUCUGCAUCAUCCUCCUCGUCUUCAUCAUCUUCAUCCUCGUCUUUGUCGUCGUUGUCGUCGUUACCUGCCUGGGCCCUGCCUUGUGUGCCUCGCACCGCGACCGACCCUCGGGGUUUUUCUCUCUCUCUCUCUCUCUCUCUCUUCCUCCUCCUCUUUGUAUUCGCACUCGGAUGUGCGGGCUUAGGCCAUUUUAUCAAUCCCUUCCGCGGAAUUUCUGGUGCGGUUUGUACUCACUUGGAGCGCGGUUAAGUGGGACUCUGCGGAGGUUUUGGGGCUAGCGUUGCUGUUGGAAAAUGAGCGCAAUUUAGGGUUGUUUAACUGUUCGCCUUGCGGCCGAGCUUUGGUGUUAUGUUGUAUUGGAUAUGGCAUUUUGUUGUGCGUCGUGUCCUCAUUUGGAAAAGUGAGGAUCUUUCAUUGUUCCGGUUCUAGGGUUUUAGGUGGUCGUACCGCGGGGUGGUCCGUUUCGGGGCAGCAAGGAGGAUGGUGUGUCGUACGAGACAGUGAUUUGGAACUAAGGGGCAUUGGAGAGGUGUGCGUAGUAUCUGAAGGAGGAAUAUCGGGGCAGCAUGGACCCCAAAGCGCUCUUGGAUGAGCUCAUGGGAAAGGACCGAGACCUUCCAUUGGAUCAGCAGAAGAAGAAGCGGCUACAGUUCGACGAUCCUCAGGUUUGUCACUAUCAUCUGGUGGCUUUCUGUCCUCACGACCUAUUCCCUAACACGAAGAGUGAUUUGGGCGCAUGCGAAAAGCUGCAUGAUGAUGCUCUUCGAGCAGACUUUUUGAAGUCCAACAAAGUUGCUCAAUAUGAGGCAGAGUUUUUAGGUUACCUGGAGCGUUUGAUAUCUGACUUGGAGAGGAAGAUUAAAAGGUGCCACGAGCGGCUUGAUAAAGAAAUGCCUUUAACAGAUCAUGCUCGGGCAAAUAGUGAUCGUAUAUCAGCUAUCGCAAUGGAGGUGCAAUCCUUGCUAAAGCAAGCUGAAAAGGAGGGAGAAGACGGCCAAGUAGAUCAAGCUCAAGCUACCAUGAGCAAGGUGGAGAACCUCAACAAGGAGAAAGAUCAACUGGUGCGGGCAGUUAUGCCCGAGUUUGGUAGUAUACUUGAGAAAGAGAAGCGCAUGCAAGUUUGUGAAGUGUGUGGGGCAAUGCAAGCAUCUACAGAUACUGAAAAACGACUCGCUAGUCAUUUGGAAGGAAAACAACAUCUGGGAUACUUUAGGAUCAGACAAACUGCUGCAGAGCUUCGUAAGAAGAAAGAAGAAGAACGAGAAUCCCGUAGGCGAGAUCGGGAAACUGCAGAAAAACCUCUGGAGAGUGAUGGAAAGUAUAAAGUGGAAGACGUUGCUGUGGACGAUUCUAAAGACCCUGACAAGGUGCUCAAUGCUAUCGGAGCUGCUAAUGGAUCUCGUCCUGACCACAGAGAACGAGAUAGACGUGAGCGCAGCCGAAGCAAAGAGAAAUACCGACGCAGAAGCCGCAGUCCUGAACGUGGUCGGGAUCGAGAGUCAGAACGAGAUACCAAGGACCGCGAGAAAGACAGAUAUAGAGAUCGUGAUAGAGAUAGAAAUCGCGACCAUUAUGGUAGCAGGGACAGGGACCGUGAGCGUGACCGAGAUGGGCGUAGGGAGAGAGAGAGAGGUAGAGGUAGUGACUACGACAGGUAUAGAGAACGUGAUAGUCGAAGACGAAGCAGAAGUCGGGACCGCAAAUGAUAGCUGUGCUAGAUUUAUUGCAACAUUUGUUUUUCAUGUAUGUUUGAUCUGUAUGCUCGACUGUGUGAACUAUCACAGGUGACUACUCAGCAAAGUGGGUACCAUGAUGCUAUAUGUUAGGAGACUAGUUUGCUCUGCUGCUUUUUCGAGCAUAGGGGGUUGCUUGUCCGAUGUUAGUUUUGGGCAUUUCAAGGUUGCAGCACGGACUUGUUCUUCUAGCUGUCAAUGCCACGAACGAAUGUUGGGAAUCAAUUGUUGGGAACAAAUAUUUUGUAAUUGAUUCAUGAAUAAUUGUUGGGAAUCAAAUGUUGGGAAACAAAAUUUUAUUGUUGGGAA